GUCAUUUUGUGAAUUUUGUGCAUGUCAAUGCAUGGCGUUGGUUUUUAAAAGUUUAAUUUAAAUUAAUGUUUUGUUACAUGUUAGCGUUAUAAAAAAGUUUACUUUUUCUAGUCUUUGUUUGAACAUUAAGUGAUUAAUGUUUUAACAAGUUCUCUCUGUAAUCGAAGCGUAGAAGGACUAGCAACAUGACAACGGACGAAAACGCCGAAAUCGAUUGGGGUAAUGAGAGGUUAAGUCGUGCCCAACGAGCAGUUGAAGCCAAUACCUAUGACGUAGACUCCUGGUCUCUUUUGAUCCGAGAAGCGCAAACAAGGCCCAUAAAUGAAGUCCGGGCGAUGUACGAGAAACUUAUAGGAUCGUUCCCGACUACGGGAAGGUACUGGAAGAUUUAUAUAGAGCAAGAGAUGAAAGCGAGAAACUUUGAAAAAGUUGAAAAGUUGUUUCAGAGGUGCCUGAUGAAGAUUCUCAACAUCGAGCUAUGGCGCCUCUAUCUUAAUUACGUUAAGGAAACCAAAUGCAUGCUACCCACAUACAAAGAGAAAAUGGCACAGGCGUACGAUUUCGCACUGGACAAGAUCGGUUUAGAUAUCCACGCUUACCCAAUAUGGAACGAUUACGUAACGUUCUUGAAAGCCGUCGAUGCAGUGGGCUCGUAUGCUGAGAAUCAGAAAAUUUCUGCCGUCAGAAAGGUAUAUCAAAGGGCAGUCAUCACACCCAUAAUCGGCAUCGAAACACUGUGGAAGGACUACAUAGCGUUCGAACAAGGCAUUAAUACUAUUAUCGCGGAACGUAUGGCAAUGGAACGGUCGCGGGAAUACAUGAACGCGAGACGUGUUGCCAAAGAGCUUGAGACGGUCACUCGAGGUUUGAACCGAAACAUGCCCGCCACACCGCCUACCGUCGACCGAGAGGAGAUGAAACAGGUGGAACUGUGGAAGAAGUAUAUAGCCUGGGAGCGUUCAAACCCCCUACGUUCAGAGGACACGGCGCUGGUGGCCAGGCGCGUGAUGUUCGCGAUAGAACAGUGUCUACUGUGUCUAGCCCACCAUCCGGAUGUGUGGCACCAAGCUGCGCAGUUUCUGGAUCAUUCUGCGAAGCUCUUACAGGAGAAAGGGGACUCGAACGCCGCGCGCCUGUUCUCUGACGAGGCGGCCGCUGUAUACGAGAGAGCCACCAGCGGCCCGCUCAAACAUUCCACCCUCUUGCACUUCGCCCACGCUGAUUACGAGGAGAGUAGACUGCAUUAUAAUAAGGUCCAUCAAGUGUACACACGUUACUUGGACAUGGAGGACAUUGAACCCACGCUAGCGUACGUGCAAUACAUGAAGUUCGCGCGCAGGGCGGAAGGCAUCAAGUCCGCCCGGACAGUGUUCAAACGUGCCAGAGAAGAUCCCAGGUCUCUAUACCACGUGUUUGUGGCAGCUGCUCUGAUGGAGUACUACUGCUCGAAGGACAAAAACAUAGCCUUCCGCAUCUUCGAGCUGGGCCUUAAGAAGUUCUCGCACAUACCUGAAUAUGUGCUGUGCUAUAUUGACUAUCUAUCGCAUCUUAAUGAGGACAACAACACUCGCGUUUUGUUCGAGAGGGUCCUAUCAUCGGGCAGUUUGAAGCCAGAGAGCUCAGUGGACAUUUGGAACAGAUUUCUGGAGUUUGAGUCCAAUAUUGGCGACCUGGUCAGUAUCGUGAAGGUGGAGAAGCGAAGACAAGCUGUUCUUGAAAAGAUUAAAGAAUUUGAAGGCAAGGAGACCGCUCAGCUUGUAGAUCGAUACAAAUUCUUGGAUCUCUACCCCUGUAGCAUCGCCGAGUUGAAAUCUAUUGGAUAUACUGAGGUAGCAUCAAUGUCCAACAAAUCGUGGGCUCUCGGUGGACCCCUAGCAGGGAUAUCUCCAGAACUGGCUGCUGUUAUAUUGGGACAAAAGGAUAAUGAUCCGAACAAAGAUAUAGCACGACCUGAUACGAGUCAAAUGAUUCCCUUCAAACCUAAAGUCAACCCACUACCGGGAGAGCAUCCUAUAUCUGGUGGAACGUUUCCCAUGCCACCGGCUGCGUCGCAUUUAUGUACUUUGAUGCCGCCGCCCACAAGUUUCCGAGGUCCAUUCGUCUCCGUGGACAGACUCAUGCAGUUGUUCAACAGGAUCUCACUGCCUGACAAACCGCCUCCUCCAAGCCAAGAAAACGGUUGUGACACCAAGCUUUUUGACUUAGCACGCUCCGUGCAUUGGAUUGUGGAUGAUGAUGGCAUCAGCACCAACAAUAAGGCUCGUCGACGAAAAGCAGGUGAAGAUUCCGAUGACGACGAUUUGGGCGUGGCGCCACCACUCAACGAUAUCUAUAGACAGCGACAGCAGAAGAGAGUUAAGUAACCCGGAACAUUGUAAUAUAAUAAUUGAUAUUGAUGUCUGAAAUAAAAUAAAAUAAUGUUUUAACGAG